CAAAAACUCGCUAACAUGGUAUAACCCAGGUCAUGACCUUAGCACGUCAGCGCAGUAUGCGUCACGUGAUCGAGCGGUUAUUGUGUGGGAGAGCUGAGAGCCAUCAUGUCAGCAGUGUGGACUUAUUUCAAACUAAAAGACGAAAAAAGCAAGACUGCCGAAUGCAACUUAUGCGAUGCAAGUGUUUCGCGAGGUGGUAGCAGUUUGGGGAAUUUUAACACCACAAACAUGAUUAAACACUUACAGAAACACCACGCAAAGGAGUACGCGGAAUUUAGCCUGGCCUCCAAAGCUAAGCUGAAAAGUGUACCGUAUCAACAAACGCUUUUGGAAAAUAUUCAGAGACGUGAGAAAUUCCCUCCGGAAAGCAAUAGAGCGAAGCUGAUAACGGAGAAAAUAGUUGAAUUUGUUGUGCUUGAUGACCAGCCCCUUUCCGUUGUGGAAAAUGAUGGUUUUCGACGCUUAAUUGAGCAUUUAGAGCCUCGCUACAUGCUGCCAAACCGGCAUUUCAUCUCGGAGGAAGCUAUCCCAGGCAAGUACAAACAGGUGCGCAACUUCAUCUCUGAAAGUUUGGAAAUAAUUCCCACGUUAAGCAUGACAACUGAUAUCUGGAGCUCGGACGUUUGUCCGUUGUCCCUGCUAAGCCUGACUGUACACUGGAUAGACUCGAGUUUUACAAUGCAAAAAGCAGUGUUGCAGGCCAAAGAGUUUCGUGGUUCACACACAGGAGAGUCCAUCGCUGCAGCUAUGGAGGAAAUGUUAAAUGCGUGGAAAAUUCUGAAGAAUAAAGUCCACGUUGUUUUGCGAGACAAUGCCAGCAAUAUAAAAAAGGCAAUGGACCGGCUAGGUGUUGCAAGUUUGGGAUGCUUCGCGCACACUUUGCAACUUGUGGUGAAUGAGGGACUGCUAGCACAACGUGGUGUAUGUGAUGCUGUGACAGUGGGCAGAAAAAUAGUGGGUCACUUCAAACACUCACCACAGGCAUAUUCGCGUUUGGAGGACAUUCAAAUGGAGCUGAACAUGUCACCCAAACAUCUGAUACAAGAUGUGCGAACAAGAUGGAAUAGCACAUAUUAUAUGAUCAAGACCCUCACCGAACAGAAGCGAGCCUUGUGUGCAUAUUCUGCAGAGUAUGAUCUGCCUGCCACACUCAGUGCACAGCAGUGGGGGUUACUGGAAAAGGUCCUUACAGCUCUAGGUCCCUUUGAGGAGUUAACAAAGGAGGUAAGCGCAUCAUCCUCAUCUGCAUCUGAUGUCAUCCCUAUUGUCUGCGUCCUUAAGCGCGUGCUCUCCCGAGAAAAUGAGGCCGACGAAGGAAUAAAGAAAAUGAAAGGCACUCUUCUCGAAGCGGUUAACAGACGCUUCAGAGACGUGGAAUCCGAGCCACUAUACACAGUUGCAACACUGCUGGAUCCAAGAUAUAAAGACAGGUACUUCACGAGUGUAGAAACCUCAAAACAAGCUAAAGAUGCUUUGAUGGCAGAGGUGAGGAAGAUGGAGUUUUUGAGAACUACAUUAAACUCCUCAGAGCCAGCAGAGGGGACAUCAACAGUCUUGGAGCCAGCAAAGAAGACUCCACGGGUGGAAUCUUCCAGCCAAAGCAGACUUGAAAGUGUUUUUGAUGAAAUCCUGAAGGAAAACACUCAAGAUCCUGUUCCUCAGUUAGCCAUGACAAGUGCACGCAUUGAAGUGCAAACUUACCUUAGUGAGCCAACCAUUCAACGCUCAGAUAAUCCACUGCUGUACUGGCAAGUAAACAAACUUAGAUUUCCCACUCUGGUUUCUACAGCAGCUAAAUUCCUCUGUGCACCUACCACAAGUAUUGAGAGCGAGAGACUCUUCAGUACAGCCUCCAUUAUCAUUAAUGAAAGGAGAAGCAGGCUGACAGCUGAGAAGGUUGAAAUGUUGAUCUUUCUGAAGAAGAACCUACCUCUCAUGUUAAAGUGAA